AUGUGUUAUUUCGAUCAAACCCGUUGGACCUGCGGCUACUGGAGAUGGGGCCAUUUCCGUCAGCAGUGCAACAAAGAGUAUCGUAUGGGCGAGACCUGUGGCCUCAAGCUCGUCUAUGAAACUAAGCCAGAGCAAGGUGUCUGCAAGUUGUGUCGAGACAUUGAGAAGAAGCAGCGGCGAUACGACAAAAUGUGGCGCGACGUGGAGCGCUGGCAGCGAGAGGGGGGAAAGCCUGCCACUGUCGAACGAACAAUGGGCGAGAUGCAGGAGGUACUAGGACAAAUCUAUCGCUUAAAGGAUGAGCAUGACCAUCGGCUACAGUCUCUUGGCCAGGUAUGA